UCAUAUAUAAAAGGGGGGGGGGGGGCGCGGGGAACGGUUUGUUCAUUGCUCUCUUCUGCUACCUAUUUUCUGGUAUAGGAGAGAAGCAAUUUUGGCAAAAAUCCAAUAAAAAUCCCAGUUUUUCUAUCAUUAUGGCGAUGAAGGUUUGGUUCAACAAAAAUAUCGUGGAUCCUCUUCUCCAGAUCCUCCUAAAGGGAGCAGAACCCAGGCUGUUGGCCUUCUCUGCAGCGCUGGGAAUUACUUUGGGAAUUUUCCCGAUAUGCGGGGUUACAGUUUUGCUUUGUGGGAUGGCAAUCGCGUUGUUGGGAUCUCACUGCCACUCUCCAACUGUCAUGCUUGCUAACUUCUUGGCUACUCCGAUCGAGUUGAGUCUGGUGGUGCCCUUCCUUCGCUUUGGUGAAGUGUUAUCUGGUGGACCUCAUUUCCCCUUAACUUCUGGUUCUUUGAAGAAAGUUUUGACUGGCCAAGCUUCGAGUGAACUCCUUUUAGUAUUGCCCGUGCUUUGUUGGGAUGGCUUGUUGCGGCACCCAUUAUUUUGGCCAUACUCUACAUGAUAUUUUUGCCAAUUUUCAAGGUUGUCGUCCCCAAGUUCGGGAGUGUUCCUUCAAGCCCAAGGAAACAACAUCAUUCACUUUCAGAAGUUGGGCUUACUUGCAGGAAGGAGAUCACUAGAGAUGGCAUUGCCUCAUAACAUGUAUCCCAAACCAAAG